UUAUGCUGCAGGACAGAACACCAUUCUCACGUGUAGCUAUCAAACCAAGCUGAUUUGGGCAAAGGGAGAGUUUAUAGCUAAUAUGUGUUAAAUCCGAAUGUGGGAACAUAAGCAAAACAGUUAAAGAUGCCCAGGAACGGAAGAAAAGCAGCAGCCGGAGAUGAAGAGGUCGCUCCCAAACAUAGGAAAACAGACUCCAAUGGCGUCCCCUCUCCUUUCUGCUUCGACACCCCAGACACUGUCUUCCAGAGCAUAAUUUCCCCAGUGGGACAGGAGGAAUUUUUCACUGACUACUGGGAGAAGAAGCCCCUCCACCUCCAGAGGUCUGACCCAGGCCUGGCCUCCUACUACAAGUCUCUGUUCCAGCUCUCAGACCUGAAGGGGCUGUGCGCCCAGGGCCUGACAUAUGCCAGAGACCUCAAUGUGUGCCGCUGCGUCCAGGGAAACAAGACUGUGUUGAACAAGGAAGGCCGUGUCAACUACAGCCAGCUCAAGAAGGACUUCAACCAAAAGGCCACCAUCCAGUUCCACCAGCCUCAGAGGUUUAAGGACGAGUUGUGGCGGAUUCAGGAGAAGCUGGAGUGUUUCUUCGGCGCUCUUGUGGGCUCCAACGUCUACAUCACCCCACAGGAUUCCCAAGGGCUACCCCCACACUACGACGACGUGGAGGUGUUUAUCCUCCAGUUGGAGGGCGAGAAACAUUGGCGUCUGUACAGCCCCACGGUGCCCCUGGCCAGAGAGUACUGCGUGGAGCUUGAGGAGCGCAUCGGCAGCCCCACACACGACAUCAUACUGAAGGCAGGUGAUCUGCUCUACUUUCCCAGAGGAACCAUCCAUCAGGCGGACACCCCCGUGGGAGUGGAUCAUUCUACCCACCUGACCCUCAGUACCUACCAGAACACGUCAUGGGGAGACUAUCUGGCCAACGUGUUUCCCAAUUUCUUGUAUGACUCCCUUAAGACCAGUGACAUCACCAGGAGGGUAGGCAUGCCCAGGAGAAUCUUGAUGGGAGCCAACGCAGCCCCAGACACAAGCAGGCAGUUGGCCUCAUUAUUGAGGAGCGUGGCAGAUCAGAUGGAGAGGGGUGAACACGAACUCCGUGCCGGGGACAUGAAGAGGGACUUUGCCCUCCACAGACUGCCACCUUAUACACCAGAGAAAGAUGACAUCACAUCGUCAGCUGGAAAGAUGCCUGCUUUAGAAGAUACGGUGUGUCUGAGGUUUAAAGACCACAUCCUGGUGUCUUUAGAGACGUGUCAAAGCUCAUCAGAUGGGUCGGUAUCGUUGGUGGUUGAUGUGAUGCACUCUCUGAGGAACAGAAGGGAGAAACACAUGAUGGGACAGAGUGGUGAUGAUGAUGAUGAUGAUGAUGAUGAUAGUGGUGGUGAUGAUGAUAGUGGUGAAGAGGAGGAAGAUGCACCCUCUGAGACCCCUGGCAUGACCUUCCCCUUCGAAGACCUCCCGGCCAUCAGGCAGCUGCAGGCGGGACAGCCCAUCCCUGUGUCUCAGCUAAAAAGGCAAUUGGACAAUGACAAAGUCCAGAUGGCCCUGGUGCUCUGGUCAGAGGGCCUGCUGGAGGUGUGCUAAUACCCCAACAGCAUACUCUGACACCAACAACCACUGCUUUCCAUUUGGUCACACAAUAAAUCAAGAGUCCUUUA